CGAGAGUUUUGAAAGGCGCUCGUUCUAGUCACGUCGCCGGUCUUACAGGACGCCAUGACCGUCCCGUCCGCGGCGGAGCUGGACUCCUUCAAGUACGGAGACCUGCAGAACUUGGCCAAGAGUCUGGGCCUCCGCGCUAACCUGAAGGCAGACAAGUUGUUAAAAUCUUUGAAAGCUCACCUCAAACUGGAAGCAAGGAAAGAAAAUAACAGUCAGGGUGAAAAGGAAACUGCAGCCUUCUUCUGUGAUGAGACUGAGACACAGAUGAGCAGUCAGGAACAAGCUGGGAAGGAGCCAGUCGUCCAUGUCACCAAAAGGAAAAGGCGCAGGCACAAGAGAGGCCACGGGAAGCCUGUCUCUCAGCAGGAUCAUUCCAAGAUACAAAUAAGUGAUCCUACUACAUUCCAGAAUGAGGAAAAGCAGGAUCCCAAAACUACUGCCGAAGUUUCUUCUCUGCCAGACCAGAGCCAAGGAGAUGGGAAUAUGGUUUCUGUAGGCCAAAGUGAAAUGAAAGGUAAGGAAGAUUUGAAGGAACCUUCAGAAAGAAAGUCUCUCUAUACAGAUGGAUUUUCCAAACUUGCAAAUAGUAAAAAAACUGCAGCUACUACUCCAAACUUUAAGAAGCUUCAUGAAGCUCAUUUUAAGGGAAUGGAGUCCAUUGAUGAAUAUAUUAAGAGAAAAAGGAAACAUUUUGAAGAGCACAACUCAUUGAAUGAACUGAAGAAGCAGCCUGGCAGUAAGGGAAAGGUAGUGACUCCAGUUCCUCCCAGAGGAAGACUCCCUGUGGCCUGCACUCCCACACAAAAGUGCCACUCUCCAGGCCAGUCCCGCAACCCUACAAGGCAGAGCGCAGUGUGUCUGAAGGGGUCAAUCAGGCGGACCACGCUCUCAGCAACCAAAAUGAACGUCAGGUUUUCAGCUGCUACUAAAGAUAACGAACAUAAGGGUUCACUGACCAAGACUCCAGCCAGAAAGUCUCCACAUGUGUCUCUAUCUGGGAUUACCCCCAAAAGCCAGGCUGUGCUCGGAACACCCAAGUUAAAGACCACCAAGGGGAAUUCUGCUUCUGUCAUUACUCCAUUCAAGUUGACAACCAUGGCAAUGAAGACUCCAGUCUCCGAUAAGAAACCAGUGUUUGAUCUGAAAGCAAGUUUGUCUCGUCCCCUCAACUAUGAGCCACACAAAGGAAAGCUGAAACCAUGGGGACACUCUAAAGAAAAUAAUUCUCUCACUGAACAUGCAAGCAGAGUCAGCGUCUAUAAGAAAUCUUACAAACAGCCUCCUCUCCAAACCCGGGAAGAGCAACGGAAAAAGCGUGAGCAAGAACGAAAGGAGAAGAAAGAAAAGGUGUUGGGUGCCCGAAGGGGCCUCAAUAUGAUUAAAAACAACUAAUUUUUUAAUGUCUGGUUAAUAUUUCUUCAUUCCUGUUUUUCUUUGUAAAUAUUUUUCUACUGUCCCCCCUUCAUUAGUCAGAAGCUCUUGUUUCCCUGUUGACUUUUAUCUGUUAUCUAUGUACUGUCCCUGGGUUCUUCAGGUCCAAUAGCUCUGAAAAUUAUCAUCUUAAAGCUCAAAAAUUCACUAGGCAUGGGUGGCUUACGCCUGUAAUCUUACCUACAUAGAGGCUGAGAUCCAAGUAUCAUGGUUUAGAGCCAGCUGUGCAGGA